GUGGAGCGCACGCACGGUUGAAGCAAAUGCCUGUAGACCAGGGGUCGGCAACCCUGGUCCUGGAGAGCCGCAGGGUGUGCUGGCUUUCGUCUCCACCUUAAAAUAAGCAACCGAUUCAGACCCAAGAAACCAGGUGAGAUGGGAGACGAGGGUGUGUGUGAGCCUCUGUCGGACGGCCGAGAGGCGGGGGAAGGGUGGACAAACCUCUCCCACAGAGCCACUCCCUUCUCCUCCAAGCUCGGCGCCAUGAUGCGGAUCCGGAACAAGUACCAGGCCAUGAAGAGGCGUCGCGUGGAGCAGGGGGGGCUCCAGGCCUCUGCGGGAUGGGCCUCGCUCCGCCCCACCGGCCCCGAAAUCUUCACCUUCGACCCGACGUGCGCCCAGGCCGAGUCCGGCCACCGCAGGAAGAAGAAGAGGAAGUCGUCGCGCGUCCUCUUCCCCAGCAACGGGCGCAAGUUCCUGCCGGUGGCGGAGCGAAGCCUCACCAAGCCGCUCUUCCUCCUCCUGAGCGUGGUCCUCUUCCUGCAGGUGUACAACGCCUUCGAGAACCUGGACGACCACCUGCUGCGCUACGACCUGGAGGGUCUGGAGAAGACGCUGCGGAGGGAGGUGUUCGGGCAGCAGGAGGCCACGGCCGAGCUCCUGCUGCACCUGCGCGACUACCUGUCCACGUACGCCCACCACAAGCCGCUGGGCGUGUCCCUGCACGGCCCCACCGGCGUGGGGAAGACCCACCUGGGCCGCAUCCUGGCUCGCCACUUCCGCUCGGUGGUGGGGGAGCAGCUGGUGGUGCAGUACUUCUCCACGCACCACUGCCCCCUGGCGGCGGACCCGGGGGAAUGCGCCCGAGACCUGCGGGCUCGAGUGGCCGGGGUGGUGGCCCGGGCCGAGGAGGAGGAGAAGAUCCCGCUCCUGAUCUUCGACGAGGUGGAGUUCAUGCCCGGCCAGCUUCUUGAUGCGCUGCACGGGCUCCUCCGCCCCGGGCAGGCCAACGAGUUCCUGAACGCCGUGUACCUGCUGAUCAGCAGCCUGGGGGAGGCGCAGAUAACCAAUCACGUGCUGCAGAACGUCUCCGCGGGGUCGGGGCGGAGCUUGCUGCCGGACCUGCGACAGGCGCUGCAGAAGCUCCACCCCCUGUGGGCGGAGGUGGACAUGGUUCCUCUCACCCUAUUAGAAAAGAGGCACGUGAUGGAGUGCUUCCUGGACGAGAUGAGCCAGGAGGGGUUCUACCCUGACAGGCCCCACAUAGAGCAGCUGGCCGAGGAACUGACCUACCACUCAGCCGGCGGGCUGCAGUACUCCCACAACGGCUGCAAGCAGGUUGUGGCCAAGGUCAACCUGCUGUGAGUGAGUGUGUGAGAGUGUGAGUGUGUGUGUGAAUGAGAGAGUGUGUGUGAGUGAGUGUGUGAGAGUGUGUGUGUGUGUGUGUGUGUGAGAGUGUGUGUGUGUGUGUGUGUG